AUGAUCAGGCCGCCGAGGGAGGAUGUCGUCCUGCAUCGAGCUCAUCGCAUCGCAUCGCAUCUGCAUCACGUCGAGUCCCUCGUCGUCGCCGCCGCCACCAACCCCGCAUACCUGUCGUACGACCCUGGCUACGACAUCCGGAGUCGCGACCUCACGGCCGUCUCGUGCUCCGACGGCGUCAACGGUCUCAUCACCCGCAAGGGCUGGCGCAGGCAGGGCGACAUUCCCAAGUUCCCCUACAUCGGCGGCGCCGCAGCCGUCGGCGGCUGGAACUCGCCCAACUGCGGCACCUGCUGGAAGCUCGACUACGCGGGCAAGAGCAUCACCGUCCUCGCCAUCGACCAUGCCGGCGCCGGCUUCAACAUUGCUCUCGAGGCCAUGAACGCCCUGACCAACGGACAGGCGCAGCAGCUCGGGCGGGUGGAUGCGCAGGCGACGCAGAUUGAUGCUGCCAACUGCGGCAUGUGA